CGAGCCAUCGAGAGUCCACAUCGAUCAAUCGAUUAGCUGCAGUUGCAGUUGUAUGUACAAUUUCUACAUUUCCAAACACAAACAACAUUGAGAUUCUCGUAAUCUUUUUUGAUCCAUAUUAUCAAGAAAUAAAAAAGAAUAAAUUGAACCCAUGUGAAUGAAAGAAACGAAUUUUCGAGAAUGCAAAAGGCAAAGAAGAAAGGUAAAAUGCAGCAACCCUCAUCGUCCUUCGCCGACUGUGCGGAAGCCACGCUGACGGACGAAGACGUGGGCAAGGACUUCGGCAUCCUCAUAAACGCACCGCUCUCAAAAGGUGGACAUUUUGUCUUAAAGUCGGAAAAAACAUGGGCCAUCGAUUCGUCGCAAUACUCAGAAUUCUUUACCCUGAACCUCAAAAUGCUGUCUGCUGCGAUCGACUGUGUCCCAUUUAACGAGUACGUCGAUGUAGAUGACAGGUAUUUCGUAAGCGAUCAGUUGACAAGCAUCUACAAUAAUGCCGAGAGAGGCAAGGCAGCUUAUAACGCAAUUUUGAAUGAGCUAGAUACGUCGAGUUUAUCGAAUGUUGAAAAUGAGACCGAGAACAUGCAAAAUCAAUCAGAAAAUCUGACGGCAAAUGUGAAGUUUGAAUCAAAUGACAAUGUCCAAGAUUUAGAAGAGGAUUUAGAUUUUUUACUGUCUCUAAAGGAACCUGUUCAGGAUACUCGGAUAGGAAUUGCACAAUCAAUGUCACUACCUGUAUCUCAUAAUAGUGAUUCUAAAACGAAAUCAAAAAAUGUUCCGAAUAAACCAAUCGACUUAGAAAAAUGGCUGGAUUCUAUUUUAGAUGAUUAGUUCCAUUUUUUCCAUAUUAUUGAAGCAUAUAAAAAAAAUCUAUAAAUAUCUGACAAAACGAAAAAAAAUAGAUAAUAUAAAAUUAGGACAUCUAUUUGACACAUGUAAAGUAAUCAAAACAUGUAAAGAAAUAUAUUGUUAUAAAA